CCGUUUAUAAUACUUCUACUGUUAUUUUACUACCGCCAUGAGCAGCUAGCUAGCUAGCCAGUGUGAUCAUCAUCACCAUCAUUCUCUCUUUCUCUCUCUACACUGUGUCGACUGAGCUACUUGCCCUCCUCAUGUGUAACAUCCUGCAGCAUGUGAUUUCCAGGUGAAAACUGCAGCUAAUCUUGAACCAGAGUUUGUAAUGGACAUUCCUUAAAAAGAACUAAUCUACCCAACAAGAGGACAAUUCAUCAAUCAGAUCUGCCUGAUUUUCCAAACACAGAAUUUCUCCAUGUAACGUGAUUCCUUAUUCUUUGGCAACUUGCCCCAAAUUGUUCUAUGGCUUCUGAUUUUAAACUAUUUUUGUUGGCUUCCCUUUAAGAUAAGAUAAAACUCUGAAUUCAGAUUUUCAUUUAAGUCUGGUCUUCCAUAUAGCAGCAAGCCAGAGACGACCACCACCACCCGCAACAAUAAUUAUGUGAAGCAAAUAAACAUACCUAAUGGUUCAUUAACAAUAUUUGCAAUGUGCCACCAGACACAAGUUUUUAUGUAUUUAUAAGAAUUCUUCUGUUUCUUUUUUUUUUUAAAUUUCCUAUCAGCUCAGUUUGUUGUUUUGGUUUAAAACAUCAUCUCACCAUGUCCAGCUCGAUUCCUCAGCCAACAGAUGUCUCCGAGGGAGACAGCUCUUCUCUAGAAAAGAGCGACAUUGAAGAAAAGAGUGAUGUUGAAGAAAAGAGUGAUGUUGAAGAAAAGGGCACCGGCGAUGAAAAGAGUGAUGCUGAUGUAAAGAGUGAAGCUGACGUAAUAAAGAACGAUGUUGAUGAUGAAAAGAGCGAUGUCGAGGAAAAGAGCGAUGUCGAGGAAAAGAGCGAUGUCGAAGAAAAGAGCGAUGUCGAAGAAAAAGGUGAUGUUGAGGAAAAAAGUGAUGUUGAGGAAAAAAGUGAUGUUGAGGAAAAAAGUGAUGUUGACGAAAAGAGCAAUGUUGAUGCUAAAACAGGUGUUAAGAAGAAGAGUGAAAAUGUUGUGACUGUGAAACAAGAAGUUGAUGACAGCGCGAAUGAGGAAGACAUGACUUCAGACGAUUUGAAAGAAGAAGUUUCCACUUGUAAAAGUGAAUCUUCAAGUAAAAACCUCUUGGCUGAUGAGGGGGAUGAUGGUUCAAGGUCUAUGGCAUCAACAGACGAAGUAAAAUCUCAGCUGGAUUCCAAACCAAAUUCAAAUUUAUCUCGCCAAAAAGAUGGCAUUAGUCCAUCUGCUCUUUUAGACGAUAAUGCAACCACACAGUCGGACAAUAAUGAAACUGAAGCCAAUGAAUCUGCUAUGGGCCACCGCAGUACGUCACCUGAUGUCCAAUCAGAUUCUGAGAGCAAACAAUCGUUUUUUGAGAAGAUAGGGCUUCUGGGAGAAGGCAUGAAGCUGAAGAAAACCAGUGAGACUCUUGAUAAGAAUGUCAUGCAUCGAGAAUAUGGUAUUUAUGAUGAGAGCAGCAUUCCUGCAGUUGAUCUGGAUGAGAAUGGACUUCCUAUCAACUUGGAUGAUAUGAAUGACGAAGACCGAGAGAAAGAAGAGGAAAAGAUAAAGUUUGCUAAAGAGAUUAGUGCACUGCGGCGCAUGUUGCUUAGGAAAGGUUUCAUUCGUGGCUCGAAAUGGCGUCCGACACCAUCGUAUAUCAAACAGAGAGACUUGUCUUUAAGUGGCAAGAAAGGUUUUGGGAGUUUCUCACUUGACAAAGAGCAUUCUGAUGAUUCCACCCCAGAUUCAAGUAUGGAUGGUUCUUCUCCUUCACGAACUAUUUACCGUCCAGACGGCAGUACUUCGGCCAAAAUCUAUCAUGUGGAUGGUAACACGUCUGCUACGAUUUAUCGUCCAGAUGGCAGCCCCUCAGCUAACAUCUACUGUCAGGACGGUGGAACUUCGGCAACUAUCUACAGGCAAGGUGUGUCAAGGAAACGAGGCUUAGUCAGGGAAAUGAUCAAGCGUUGCCGACCGUGUAAAGUUGGUUUAACGGAUUUCUUUAAAGAACUCGACAUUGAUGUUUCCGAGCUCUCUAAAGAUUUUCCUCUUGUCAAACGCAUUAAGGUUAUUGACUACAAUUCUCAAGCAAACAAUCCGCCUAGUGUUGAGCAGGACAGCUACGAAGGCAGUUUUCUCAGCUUUAUCUCCAGUCAGAAUGAAUCGAAUAACACCAACAAAGGCUUCAAACGGACAUCUUAUUCGAAACAGUGGACAGAAGGCAAUGAAAAUCGAACUGUGACCGUUUCCAAACUCCUAAUUAAUUCCGAAAAGAAGACUGGAGCCACCCCCCCAAGUUACAGCUGUGUUCAUUGCCAAUAUUCAUGUCAGGAAAAAGACUUGAUGACAGAACAUAUUUAUGCACAUAUCACCCAGAAAGUGUUCCGAUGUGGUCAUUGCAGCACUGAUUUCACCACUUUUGGCACAGCUGCCAUCCACCAUCAGUCCAGUCACAAAUAUCUUCCACAGAAAAUUGAGAAAACCACUGAAAUUAAUGAGAAGGAGCAUUAUCUUGAGAUUCGGGAAAACGUUUCUGAUGACGACGAUAGCAAACAAAACGUGACAAGCACCAGCACCGCCAGCAGCGGUGGUGGUGGCGGCGGCGGCGGCAGCAACACGACUAAAUCAGCUUCCGGUGAUGCUAGUUCAACCGAUGAAAAGAAUUCAAAAUCUAACCCUGUCUUUAUCUCAGUUGUUGUCAAUGGAAACAGCCCAGGUGGGAAGCAAGGCAACCAAAAGGAUGUUGUCGAGGUGCCUGAUCGGUUCCAAUGUACAUACUGCAAAUUUUCCACUGAUCAGCGCGAGAUAAUACAGCAGCAUGUUACUGGUCAACAUCCAGGAGCAGUGCACUACACAUGUACACUGUGCGAUGGACUUGUCUUAACGUCAAAGGCCAAUCUUCUUAGUCAUUAUAAUACUGUUCACCCGGGAAAAACUAUAAAAUGCCGGAAGCUACCUGAUUUCACAGACAGCGAAGAACCGCAGACUCCUGUGGAUCCUGCAAGCAAUCGCUUCAAUCGUUACCGCAACACUGCAUACGGCAGGGGUGGUAUGUAUAUGCAAGGAAAAACAAGUGGACCAGCGAACAGUUCUGGGACAGAUAUGGGCCUGAAAAUAGUGAAUGUUGUAAGUCUUCAUAGCGGCCGCAUUUCUGGUCCAACUCGGCGUCCAGGAACCGGUACAAACAAUAACUGUAUUAUACCUCCUGAAGGUUUUGCUGUUCCCGUUUUGUUGAAUGCCAAAACAAUGUCUUUAAAAUAUGCCAGCUCCAGUUCGAACCGCAAGUGCAAGUACCCCGGUGACGACGAUCCUCUUAUUGGCCGUUCCAUUUACAUGUGCAAGAAAUGUGGUUGUGAAGCAAAAUUCCUCAGUCAGAUGCAGGACCACAUUAUCAAUUCUCAUUCUGCUUUCUGCAUGUACACCUGUCCCUACUGUACAUUCAAGGGGGAGAAGGAGGCCGACAUCUAUAAACAUAUUGGUAUCGCUCAUCCCGAAUGUGAUGGAGGUGUGCCUCUUUCAUUCUUCCUUGACCCAGUCUACAUCACCAAGUACAUAGCUAACAUUGAAAAGAAUCAACAGACCCGCUACAAAGAGAAGCUUGUCGGCAAAUUGUCCCAUUAUAAAUGUAGAGUGUGUAGCCAAGAGUAUCCUGAUGGAAUCUCUCUUUUCUUGCAUUCCAACCGUGUGCACGAUAAAAAAUUGUCCUACCACUGUCCGUACUGCACUGAAUUUAAUUCCAGUACCUCUAAACCAGCCCGCGAACACAUAGCCAACUGCCACGACAGAGACGUCAGUAGUGAAGUGGUGUUUGCAUUUAUCUGUGAUGGCAAGCCUAACCGCAACACCUCAUCUGGUGGCCUUAUGGUCGAGCCAGUCCUACCUCCAUCUCCUGCUCCUAGUCCACCUAAGCCGCCUGAACCCAAAAUAGCUCGGAAAGACGACGACGACGUGGUUAUUUUGAAAGAUUCCGACCUGAAGACACCGACUUCUGUGUCGACAUCAUCAUUAGGGCCGUUGAGCGCUCGAGGCCGGAGUCGGGGUCGACCGCCUCGCUCUCAGACUAUUUUACUGCGGAACAUGUUACAAGCCCGAGCAAUUGCGUCUUCGUCAUCGUCAUCGACAACUCCUUCAGGUACUGUCCAACCAAUGAUGAUAGUUGCUAAUGCUGCACACCAGGAGAACCAGGGCAACCCUCCUAUUGUUAUCGAUCAUCCAGAACGCACACCGAAACUACUACCUCUGUCAGAGAACAACAGCAGCACAGACCCCUCUGGGGACGGAACUUUAGAUAUGGACUGUGAAAGUGUAGAAGAAGACGGCCCAAUGGAUACAGUUGUAGAAGAGGAUUCAGAAACGAGCGUUUCUGAGCCCAUUACCAUUUCUAAAUCCGUAUCGUUGGGCUUAAAGGGAUUGAAACGGCCAAUAAGUAGUCCGUCUCGGACAGCCAGCCAGCACUUGUCGGAGUUAGCAGCGCGUUCAGCAGCAGACCAUGCAUCCUCAGACCUCACCCCACCUCCAACUUUUGGCAUCAAAGUGAUUAAAAAAGAAAAAGAACAAGAGAUGUACUUGACAACUGAUACUGCCUCUCUUCAUAACGACCAGGUGGUGCCCGUCUCCCUGCAGGCAGCACAGGGGGUACUUCCUUUGGACUUAUCCUCGACGGGUACCUCAGACCCUGAUGACAUACCUCCAGACGCAUUCAAAGUGUUUAACUUGAGUCCAUCAUCCUCUCAGCUGAGCUCCUAUCUUUCAUCUUCACCAAAUGCAUACCCCAGCCCUGUUCCCAUUGGCCCCCCUAUACAGACUUCGGAGUUUCCUACUGCCCACUCGUUGAGCAAGGCUGUACACACGUCUGAAGAUCGAUACAGCAAGGAGAUCUACAAGUGUGACAAAUGCAACUUCAAGACCACAUAUCGGGCAGCAUUGAAAACCCAUCACAGCUUCAGACAUUCUCAGAUCUACAAAUGUCCUUAUUGCCCCGACAAUGUUCCUUUGGAUAGUUUUGAAGUUGAACCUCACAUUAAGCAGCACCAUCCUGACGAGAAAAUAGCUUAUAUGCGAAUAUAAUAAUAUUAAUAAUAAUCACUUUAUUUAUUUGUCUCUUUGCCCAGAAAUUUGUGUUGAAUUCCAAAGAACAAAACAAAAAAAUUAUAAAAAUAAUUAUAAUAAAUAUAAAAGCAUUGAGAAGAAAAUGUAGCAUUGGAAAUCUGAGGAAGUGAAUUGAAGAACUGAAGAAAGACCAAAGUCAAAGAGAAGAACAACUCCAACAUUACCAUUUAGUGGCUGCUUUCUAUAAAUAUAACAUUUUUCUUGAAGCCUGUUUUUGUUAAAAUUUAAGUUUUUUUUUGUUCUUUUAUUUUUAUUUUGUUUUUUUCUUCAACACCCAUGGAUUAUUGGAUUUAGAACACCGUUCUAGCAUUAAUACAUUUUAUUACUUUAUUAAAAAGUGGAAAAA